AUGUCGUCGCUCUCACUUCUCCCUCCUAUGCCGUCGCUUUCACUUCUCCCUCCUAUGCCGUCGCUCUCACUUCUCUCUCCUAUGCCGUCGCUCUCACUUCUUCCUCCUAUGCCGUCGCUCUCACUUCUCCCUCCUAUGCCGUCGCUCUCACUUCUCCCUCCUAUGCCGUCGCUCUCACUUCUCCCUCCUAUGCCGUCGCUCUCACUUCUUCCUCCUAUGCCAUCGCUCUCACUUCUCCCUCCUUUGCCGUCGCUCUCACUUCUCCCUCCUAUGUCGUCACUCUCACGUCUCCCUCCUAUGCCGUCGCUCUCACUUCUCCCUCCUAUGCCCUAG